GACAAACUGAACAGAUGGAAACAGGAGUUGGAGAGGACUGUGGAGGAGCAGAACCAGAGAGGGACUCAGAUCCAGAGAGCUGUUUACAUCCAGAGAUUGAGGUCGAAAUUGAAGGCUCUUCUGAGACUGACGACAGUGAUGAUGAUUGGAAGGAGACCAGAGAACAUCAGUCAGGUUUAAACGCUGUGGAAAACUUGAGAAAUUAUAAGAAAUCAUAUGGUUGCUCCGAGUGUGGGAAAUUAUUUAAAGUCAGAAGUCGUUUGAUCCAACACAUGAGAAUUCACACAGGAGAGAAACCAUUCAGCUGCUCUGAGUGUGGAAAAAAAUUUCACCUUAAAGACAGUCUGACCAGACACAUGGUAGUUCAUACUGAAGAGAAGCCCUUCAGCUGCUCUGUUUGCAGUCAAAGAUUUAAACAUAAGUGUAAUCUGACACUUCACAUGGCACAUCACAGAGGAGAGAAACCCUACGGCUGCUCUGUUUGUGCCCAAAGAUUCUCUUGGCCCAAUCAGUUAAAAAGACACAAGUGUGUUGGAGGUCAGGAUGCACAUCUUCAAAACCAAACUGAGGAGAAAACGGAAGCAGAAACAGAGGGGGACUCAGAUCCAAAGAGACAUACACAACCAGAGACCCAUAUCGAGACUGAAGACUCUUUAGAAGCUGAGACUGAUGACAGUGAUGAUUGGAAAGAGACCAGAAAACAUCAGUCAGGGUUAAAUACUGAAAAUAUUAGAUCACAAACUGAUAAGAAACCACAUACCUGUUCUGAGUGUGGUAAAAUAUUCAAAAAGAAACAUGAUCUGACCAGACACCUGAGACUUCACACAGGAGAGAAACCCUUUAGCUGCUCUGUUUGUGAUAAAAGAUUUAACCGGAAAUGGCAUCUAACCACACACAUGUUGGGUCACACUGGAGAGAAACCCUUCAUCUGCUCUGAGUGUGGAAACAGAUUUCGACAGAAAAAGCAUCUCAUCUCACAUGAGAAAAUUCACACUGGGGAGAAACCCUACACUUGUUCCUACUGCGGUAAAAGGUUCAAUCGAAAAGGAAGUAUGAACACGCACAUGAUUGCGCAUGUGGGAGAGAAACCAUUUGGCUGCUCUCUCUGCAGUAAAAGGUUUUACUAUAAAGCACAUCUGAACUCACACAUGUUGGUCCACACAGGAGAGAAACCCUUCAGCUGCUUUCUUUGCAGUAAAAGAUUUACCCUGAAUUCUUAUCUGACACUUCACAUGGCACACCACAGAGGUGAGAAACCCUUCAGCUGCAGUGUGUGUGAAAAAAGUUUCCUCUGGCGCUCUCAGUUAAGAAAACACAAGUGUGUUGAAGAUCCGUCUCCAAAUCAGAGUGACAGAUUUGAUGACUUUGGACUUGAUUUGACAAAAUCAUGAAGGAAUUACAACUCGACUUGGAAUUCAACACCAAUGACUUGUGACUUCACUUGGACUUGAGCCUAAUGACUAGAAAAUACUUUCAAUGGUUAUAAAAGAUACAGUUGGAAUCAGGGAGUCUGAUAAUGGAAAUAUAGUCAACUGUGCACAGAAUAUUGUGGGAUUAAGAUCUACGUCUUUCAGUAUUUUCAUGAAAAUAUGCUGCGUUUAAAGUGUGUUGGUGUACCUGCUGCUCCUCUGCUGUCUGCAUGUUGCAGGGGCGAGCUAAUAAACAUACACACCGGAACGCCA